CACCUGGGUAGCAGUUAUGGAGUGCAAGAAUUGUAUGCCACUGUUGAAAACUGUUUUGGCUAGGUGGUGGUAGGUGCAACCAAACCAAGGCAGAGAUUGCAGACAAAUAUGGGUGGCAGGAUGCUUUCAACAACAAAUACCCUCACCAGGAGAAUGCCAACAAGGGAGGGGAUGCCAGACCGCAGUUCUAUGUGGAGAUCAGCAAAAAUGGUGAGACCUGGCUUUUUUUCAAAAGAUGGAACCUAGGCCUAAGCUGUUAGUGCUUGCUGUGGUGAUGGGGGCUGUGGGUAGGACUUGUAACUGAGAGCUCAGGUGGCAAACCCAGGAUGGUGAUUCCCAAAGGAAUUCCAGCCAUCAAAACAUAUGACAAUGGAAGGCAUGUCCUGAAAGGGCCACCACCUUCUCACCAGAUCUGGGAGUGCAAGGAUAUCUACCAGCAGGAUGAGGUGUACAGCAAGUGGGUGGCCCAUUUGGUAGAAUGUGCCAAGAAGCUGCCUGAGGAAUCAUGGUCCAAGCUGUUGACCACCCUUCAGGUCUCAGAGGAUUUUGAGCCACAGAAAAAAGUUCAGAAGUGCAUUUCAUUUGCAUCGCUGAGAGAUCAAGCCUUUCAAUCUUCAGAAGCUUCAGCAGGUUCUAAAGGAGAGUCAGAAGAAGACAUGAAGGCCAGGAUUCUGCAGGAGGCGCAGGAGAAGCUGAGAAAGGAGGAAGAGGAGAAGGCACUGAAAGGAAAAGAAGAGAAGUCAGAAAUGGAAGCCAGACUAAGAAGGGAGAUGGAGGAGAAGUUGAGGAAGGAAGCAGAGGAGCAGCUGAGAAAGGAUGCAGAGGAGAAGCUGAAAAAGAGCAUAGAGGAGAAGCUGAGAAAGGAGGCAGAGGAAAGGUUGAGAAAGGAGGCAGAGGAGAGGUUGAGAAAGGAAGCAGAAGAGAAGGCUCAGCUGCUGCUGGCACAGAACACACAGAGCAAGACAGAGGCUGAGGAGAAGCUUAGAAAGGAAGCAGAAGAGAAGGCCCAGCAGGAGGCAGAGGAGAGGCUGAGAAAGGAGGCAGAGGAGAAGCUGAGAAAGGAAGCAGAAGAGAAGGCUCAGCAGGAGGCAAAGGAGAAGGCCAAGAAGGAAGAGGAAGAGAAGGCCCAGCAGGAGGCAGAGAAGCUGAGAAAGGAAGCAGAAGAGAAGGCACAGCAAGAGGCAGAGGAGAGGCUGAGAAAGGAGGAUGUCAUGAAGUACAAGGCAGACAGAGCAGGAUUUACUUGGCAGAGUUCUUCUCUUGAGGGCUUGAUGAAUGAGGCUGCAAGUUUUGAGCUUCUGGUUUCCAAUGGCAUUGAUUUGGUGCCAGUGGGGGACAUGCAGUCAGCUGCAGUAACUUGCUUGGUUGGGCUACCUGGUGGUCUUGUUGCAAGCAAAGAUGAAGGCAGAGUGUUCCUGAUUCUGGCAGUUGGAACCUUGAGUUUUCUUGGCUGGGAGAUGGAAGUUGUAGGGACAAAUGGUGCUGAUGGUUUUGCAUGUUUUCAGUGCUGCAGGCAGAAGAGGGCAGCCUCUUGGCACAGUGUGGCUGACACCCAGAAUUGGCUAGCCAUACCAUUUGGCCCUAAGUUGCAAAACCGCUUUGGGCCUCUUCUGUUUCAGCAGUCAAGCAGGGCCCUGCCUUUGAUAGAAGCUAGGAUUCAGGAAGGCUUGAGCUUGACUGUUGCACAGUGCAAGAUUGUGCUGGGCCAUUAUGGGCAGGAGCCAAAAUCCAAGACUAAGGCAGAUUUGUAUAAGCAGGUCAUUGCCUUGGUCUUGAGCAAUGAAGAGGAACAGAAAGCUGCUUUUGAGAAAUCAGACUUGAAAAAGCCAAAAGCUGCAGAGGGAGAUGAAGAUGAAGAUUUGUCUGAGCUUGAAGACCUCUUAGAUCAUGUGGAGGAUGCUGGCAACCUAGCAGACCCAGACAUCAAGGCAAAAAUGAAGGUGGGUGGAGCUGCUGACCCUUUUGAGCAGCCAUUGCCUUCUGACACCAGAGAUGCAAAAAUGGAGGUGGGUGGAGCUGCUGACCCUUUUGAGCAGCCAUUGCCUUCUGAUGCCAGACAAGCCAAAAUGGAGGUGGGUGGAGCUGCUGGCACUUUUGAGAUGGCUGCUGCUGCACAUGAAGUUGUGGCUUUUCCUGCAAAGGAGGAUGAGGAGGCUGAAAAGAGAGCAAAGAAGAGCACACCUGCACCCAAGUACCAUGAGAGUCCACACCACCUUUUGGACCCACUUGCUCCUCCAGGUGCCAAAAUCACAUUGUCCACCAUGGACCACAGGUGGAUUGUAACUUUCAAAGCCCAAUCCAAGAGCUUCAUGUGGCAAACACCACCUUACAGCCAAAAGUCCUACUCAAAGAGAUUUACUCAGGACACAUGGCAGAGCAUGCUUCAAGAUGUGCAUGAGUAUGCCUGGCAGAAAUGGAGCUUUGCAGCAGAAGAGGGGGAAGCUGUUUUUUCCCUGAAGGGGAAGGAAAGGCAAACCCCUGGCAAGUUGGAUGCAGAUGUUUGCUUGAAACUUGCAGAUUGGGUGGUAAAUCUACCACCACCCAAGAAGUAUCACAGGGCAAAUGAGUCUUGA